AUUGAUCGUAAACAAAUAUGGCUGCCUUCUGUUGUUGACUAAUUAAGUUUUAAUAAAAAAUUAAAAGAUUUCACGACAUCGGAUAUAAGGAUUAUCAGCUUUCAAACUUCAAUUCAAGGUUGAUGUCAAUCAAAUGUUCAAAGAAAUUACGUCAUUGAAACAUUAUCGCAAAAGCACGUGCGAAAUAUAAAGCAUGCAAAAUUCAACCAGAUGAUGCGUCGGAAUAAAAUUUUAACGAUUUCUCUACGUGAAUAUCUUCAAGUUCGACAAACUCCUCUGGAAGAUAAUCAAAUAUGGGCGAUCCUUUACGGCGGAGCGAAAAAGCUGCAAAAAAAGUUAAGUUUAGGGGAAACGAUCUAUCACCUCUCGCCCAUAACUCCUGAUACAAUUUGCAUCAAAAAAACCGGAAGCAUAGACAUAUCUAAAGAUCAAAAUCUAGAAAAAAUAGACGAUUUUCUUCCUCCAGAAUCCAAUGGUUCUUCAAGCAAUAAUGCCGAUAAUAUUGAGAAAACAUUAGUUUAUUCUUUAGGAAUGACGGCCUAUAAUUCAGCUGAUUUUGGUCUAAACGAAUCUCAGGAAUUAAAAGUCUCGGAAGACUUAGACUCUCUUCUUAGUCGAAUGUGUUCAGACAUGCCCCAACAUCGACCAACUCUAUUAAGAAUAAAGCGCAUUGCCGCCCACCAUCUGACCGAGAAAAAACCUUCGGAAAUUCUAUUAGACAUGUACGAGACGGUUCUAGGCAACGAGUCUGAUUACGAUUUCUUUUCGGACGAAGACGAUAGUUUAGCGUCGUUUAACACAACUAUGGGUUCGGAGGAGGUAGUUUACGAUGCGCGUUCCGAAAGGUCCUCCCUGUAUACGCAAUCUUAUAAACGAAUAAAAAAACGCCGUAAUAGAUUAAGACUAUUGCGUAACGUUAGUUCAGAUUGGAGCGAUAGCGAAGACGAUGAAAAAUCUAAUUCGCGUGGAAGAAGAUUUCUUAAUAGGUUUACGGCCUCUGAUACGGAAUUAAACGGAGAUCAGAGCGGUAAUAUUAUGCAAUCUAAGAGAAGGGUAAACGUUCCCCCCAGAUUACCUAUUCCUGAGAAUAGACGUUCAAGAAGAUUACACAAAUCUUCGGAAAGCAAAGUUGAUUUUAUCAAGAAGGCAGCCAACGGCGUGGAAUUUAUAGAAAAUGGUAAAAAAUCAGUUAUGAAAUAUACGCUACCGCAAUGCAGUUCGUACGAAACUAAUUAUUUAAGAAGAAUACAAAUUGUUUUAUUAAAUGGACGAAUUCUUGAAAUAAUGCUCUCGCCAAAGACUAUUGUUAAGGAGGUUUUUGAAUUUAUUGUUAAAUUAACUAAAGUACCCGAACCAUACUUUUUUGGAUUGAUGAGGGUCAAAGAUAACGAACAAUUUUUCUUGGAAUUUGAGGAGUCGUUCGGAAAAAUGGAUAGUCGACUUUGGAAAGAUGAAUCUCAAAAAUUUGUUCCUUAUACUUUAAUUUUAUACUUUAGAGUUAAAUUUUACGUCGAUAAUACAGACUUAAUAAGACACGAUUUUACCGCUCACAUGUUCUAUCUACAACUACGACAAGAUUUGCUAUACGAAAGAACCAGUUGUAAUUUGGAAGAAGCUAUAGAAGCUUCUGCGUUUGCAUUAAAAGCCGAAUACGGUGAUUUCGAUUUAAAGAAGCAUAACUUCCAUAGUGAACAUUAUAUAUGUUCCAACCUAUUAAGACAACAUUCGAAAUCCAACGUUAAAACGAAUAUUAUUGAACAAUAUAGAAAACUAAAUGAUCUAUCGUAUUUAGAGGCCGAAUUAAAGUUUAUAAAGCAUGUUCAACAAUUGCCUGAAUACGGUUUGCAUUUCUAUAAAGUUUAUAGGAGCAAGAAAGAAUUAAGUAAAUAUUUCUACGUUGGCAUCGGUUUACACGGAAUUGCUCUUGGGGAGGAGAGAAUGUAUCGAAAGUCUAUUAUAAAUAGAUUUUCAUGGGCUUUUGUCGAUAAGAUAUCGUUUAGUAAGAAAAGAUUUAGCAUCUCGCCUAAAACUGAUGUUGGUACAAGAGCAACAAAGAUGAAUUUUAUUACUGAAAGCCACAAUAAGAGUCAAUAUCUCGUUGAACUUGGUAGAAGUCAACAUCAUUUCGAUAUUAGAAUGAAAAUGAUAGCUACAGAUUUAUCUCCAACUUCAAUUAUCAAUCAAAGUGAUAGCGGUACCUAUUUCUCAACUAACGACGAUCAAUUAGAUUCGGGAUAUUUUCAACCUACUAAUGCUCAGGAAAACAAUGAAUCUUCACAUAAAUAUAGAAGCGAAACAACCGACGAAAGUGCUCUUUUCUACGAUAGAAUAAGUAGGGGGGAACAAGAGGAGAUUGACGUAACAAGAAGCCCGGAAAAAGAGACUAAACGUUACAGAGAUCAGGCGACAUUUACUAGCUUCAAACGUCAUCAUAGCGACGUAGAUAGUUUGUUUAACGAGAGAAAAAUUUCUGUUGUUCAAGUUACAAAGGACGCUGUCCAUGGUAUAGGAAUGACUUUAAAUACAAGAGAAAAUGGUAUUUUCAUAGAAGCUAUGGAACCAGAUGGCCCCGCCGUUAAAAACGGUAGAAUAAAAGUUGGUGACAAACUUUUAGCAAUUAAUGGUCAGAGUGUAGAAGGGUUGAAAAUGGAAAGGAUAUUUAAGAUCAUAUCCAAUGGGUCUAAUCCUCUCCAGUUACUCCUAUCACAAAACAUGAACGUUCACGGUGAUUUAAUGCCUCGGGACAAUCUUCAAAUCUUAGCAGAUGUUCACGUAGAUAGUGUAAGUCAACAGGUUAGCGUUGACCAACACCUCCAUUCUCAGGGUUUGCAAACCGACGAUGAAUUGAAAGAAAGCAAAUGCGUACAAACCGAUAAAGCAGUCGAAGAUUCCAUAUUUGGAACUGACGUUGAAGUUGAGAAUGUUUUAAGGCGUACUUCCAGUAGAAAGAGCGAGACAAAGACUUCAGAUAUAAGUCGAAAAAGUUCAACACGAUCUAUAAAAGUAGAGAAAGUAGUGGAGGAGCAGAAGCAUGAACAAGAGCAAAAACAUGAACAGAAAGAAGAAGAACAAGAAUCCCUUUUAUCAAAUGACAAAGAAUCAGUUUUCAUUGACAGUGAGUUGGUAGAUGAUUCCUCACCUUCAAUUUUCGUUAAUGAAUACAUAGACGACCUUACACCGGGGGAUAUUUACUUUGUUAACAUAAAAAGAGUGAGCAAGUUAGGUUUUGGAUUUACAGCCGAAAUGCAUAACUCGUUUAGUGGCCAGAAAAGAGUAUUAAUCAAAGAUAUUAUAGAUAAAGGGCCAGCUCAAAUGAGUAAAAAGAUGAAAAUUAGAGAUAUUAUCUUAGAAGUAAAUGGUGAAGCAGUUAUGGAUAAGAGCGAAGAGUUUAUAAAGCAUAUGAUACGAGAUAAACGAGAACUAAGCUUACUGAUGGAAAGGGGUAUUAUGGAGGAGACGUUAAAAAAUGAUAUUAGCCUCAAUCAAACAUUCGAGAUUAAAAACAAUAACUACGAAGAAAAUAAUAUCAUGCCAAUCGUUCCCUCGGCAACACCCUCUGCUGUUUUAAACUUCGAGAAAGAUGCUGGCCUUUUAUCGGAGGAUGAAGGCUUUAAGCAAGGCGAAUACGAAGUGACAUUGACUAAAGGGGAUCAUGGGCUAGGAUUUACUGUAGCCGGUGGACGAAAAACUACUGGCUUUUGCUACAUUAAAGAUAUUUUACACGAGCCAGCAAUUUCUUGUAAACAACUGAAAGCUGGAGACAAACUUAUUCGAGUUAAUGGAGUUGAUAUGAGAGGUUUGGCUCACGAUGAGGCCGUCACGUUUUUAAGACAGACAGCUAUUGUUUGUACACUCCGCUUACUUCAAGCAACGUCGAAUGAGUCAUCUCAAUCGUCACUAGUAAAAAAACCCAUUAAAGACAUUAUAGGGAAAUUUGAAAAAUCCAAAAUGCUAAUCAAGCCUAUAAGCAACGCUGCGGAAAAACCUAGAAGCGAAUCAACAACUUCCCUCACUGAUGUUACGCCAGAAGAUGACAUAAUACCUCAACAACUGCCCACGAAAAGAUUAUUAGUAAUUGAAUUAAUGAAGCCGGAUAGCGGUUCUCUCGGAUUAAUAUUAGAGAGAGCGGAGAGGAACGGAAAACCUGCCUUAAUCGUUAAAGAGGAUAAGAAUGACAAACUGCAAAGAGGUGAUAGAAUCGUCGAAGUGAACGAUAUAUCAAUAUUAGACUUAAGUCACGCCCAAGCUGUUGAACUAAUAAAAGAUUCGCCAAAAUUAUUGAAAUUAACUAUUUCACGGUAAGGUUAUAACAAAAAAAGAUAAAAAAAAAGAUAACAUAACAAACAAACAAACAAAAUGCUUUAUAUUAUCAGUUUGACAUGUUUUUUUUCGAUUUUUCUAAAACGAUAACGGUUAUUUAGGGUUGAAGAUGAUAUAAAUGUGAUGUGAGUUCUAUUUUAUAUAUAUAUAUAUAUAUAUAUAUUCAUAAAUACUUAUAAGUGGCUUGCUUAACCGUUUAGUUGUUGAUCAUGUAAAAUACCGCUUCGAGAAUGCAUCCUCAUAACCUUUCUGUCGUAUAUAUUUUCAAUCUUGUCUUUUUGUUUUUUUUUAAAAAAACAAAUUAAUAGCAAAAUUUAUACUUUAUGCUUUUUUUUCUCUCCUAACCAAAAAAAAAACAACAACGACAAAUUAAAUAGGGCGCCAGAUAAGCCUAUAAGGAAGAGCGCAACUCCUAAGCAAUCAUUAAAUGGAACGUUUACGACUCCUUCACUUCCGUCGGACGAAACCGAUAGCGAUAUAGAUUCUGUUGUAAUGAAGAAUAUUGGCGCCGAUACGGAAGCUAAGGAAAUUGGUAGUUUACUUGCUAAGAAAUCGAAAAUCUUCGUUCCAGAGAAAGUAACUGAUAGUUGGUUGAAAAAUGUUCCUAUAAUAGACGGAUAUAUCGGUAGUCGAUAUACUGGGGAACGGUUGGAGGCGGUUAUUGAUAGUUUCCAACGGAAAAUCGAUUCGAACGAAAUUGUGGAUGAGUAUAAACUUUUAAGGAAUACAAAAUUAUCAGAUUCCUGUAUAGAAGGAACACGGUUGGAAAACAAGCCAAAGAACAGAUUCAGGAACGUUAUACCAUACGAUUUCAAUCGCGUUAAACUCUCUUCAACAACCCCUGACGACUACAUAAAUGCCUCUCAUAUUCGGGUAAAAGUAAACGAAAACCAUACCCUACAUUAUAUAGCCGCCCAGGGGCCUCUUCCACGCACGACCGCCGACUUCUGGAAGAUGAUACUAGAAAAUAAUGUCGAAUGCGUAGCCAUGGUUACUAAUGAUACAGAAGGUGGUAAAAUAAAAUGUCAUGCUUAUUGGCCGCCCAAUGUUGCCCAGCCGUUUACGAUAUUUGAUCGGUAUGAAAUACGCUUAUCAAGGGUACAAGUGUUACAAAAUUCUAUUGUUAGACAAAUCGAUAUUGAAGAUUUACAUACCAGGGAAGUAAAGAUUAUAAAGCAAAUAAAUUUUACGUCUUGGGCAGACAAUACUGCCCCUCAUUCAGCGGAACCGUUUUUAAAGGUAUAUUGAAUAUCUUCUACUUGAUUCAUUUUCACUUAAUCUCCCCGUUUUUUAGUAUAUACGUCUAGUUAAUUUACUAAGAACUACAAAUGCACCCGUUGUCAUCCAUUGUAGCGCGGGAAUUGGUAGGACAGGUGCUUAUAUUGUAAUCGAUACUAUUUUAGAAUGUAUCCGGCUUGACAUGGAAAUUGAUCUGGAAGAAAUAGUUCAAGAACUGCGUAAGCAACGACAAGGAAUGAUUCAAACCAAAGAUCAAUACUGUUUUUGUUACGAUUCAACGGUAGAAGCCUUAAGAAGUUUAAUUACUAAACAAAUGUGAACUACCUUGCAAUUGUUUGUUUUUUAAUCAGUCAUUUUUUUUUUAUUUCACUAUAUCUCUGUCUCGCUCGCUUGAUCUGUCUCUCUUUUUCAUCGUUUUAUAUCUUCUUGAUCCACCUUAUCCGUCCACAUUAUACAUAUAUAUAUAUAUAUAUGCAGGGGACACUUGGUAUUUUGAUAUUUUACUCAAACUUUAAAAGUCUUGCUCCGUUUUAUUCCUUUUUUUUCGUAUUGCUGAUGUGAUGUUUACUAUUACUUGUUUGUUGGAUUAAAAUAAAAAGCAAAAACAACAGAUAAUUUCAUAGUUUACUAUAUUUUUGUAUAUAAAUCUGUAGGAAGAAAAGAAUAACUUUUGCAUUAUCUCUC